GUGAGACUUCAACACAUUUAUUUAUGUUCCAACAAUUCGGUAUGGUGAGACAAACCCUUCGUCCUCCUAGUUUCUCCGAGGAUGUAGCUUGGGUACCAAGUUGGCUUCAGAAUCUUAGAACAGAUGGGUUUGAUGAAUAUGUAAAGGAAUCUCAAGCUCCUUCCAACCAAGCAGAAAAGCAUUUGGCAAUUUCUUCCAAAAAUGGUAUUGAUGUCAAAGUCUUUAAUGUAUUAUCAAGGGAAGAAGGUGGAUACAGGAGUUUCCAUUUAUUCUUAUCUGGAAGCGAUAGUUCAUCUCUUAGUGUUGCUCCAUCUCCUGGAAAUAAGCUAAGUGAUUACCUGAAAAAUUGUUGUCUAUGGACUGAUCACUUGUAAUGGGUGUUUCAGUUUAGUCUGCAUCUUUCUUCAGAUGUCGAUUCAAUCUUUUGCCCAACUCAAGAUUGGAAUCAAUCUCAUGCAGUUGCUCCCAGUAAAGCUUUUUCAUUGCAACCUG